AUGAAGGCCCUGGCAUUUGUGAACACUUCAGAGACAAGUGCUGUGACUGAGUUUAUCCUCCUUGGCUUUCCCGGUUGUCAGGAGAUGCAAAUUUUCCUCUUCUCACUGUUCCUUGGGGUCUAUAUAUUUACUAUCAUGGGAAAUGGGACCAUUGCCUGUGCUGUGAAGUGGGACCAACGGCUCCAUACACCAAUGUAUAUUCUCCUAGGGAAUUUUGCUUUCCUUGAAAUCUGGUACAUUACCACCAGUGUGCCUGGUAUGCUGGUCAAUUUCCUAUCAGAGACAAAAACCAUCUCUUUUGUUGCCUGUUUCCUCCAGUUCUAUUUUUUUACUUCUCUUGGCACAACUGAAGUGUAUUUCCUCUGCAUCAUGGCCUAUGAUCGGUACCUUGCUAUCUGCCACCCAUUGCACUACCCAACUGUCAUGACCCCACGACUCUGCUAUUUCUUGAUGUCUCUUUGCUGGGUGUUUGGGUUCCUUAGUUACUCUGUCUCCACUGUGCAACUCUCUCAAUUGCCUUUCUGUGGUCCCAAUGUCAUCAAUCACUUUAUGUGUGACAUGGAUCCACUGACGGCUCUGUCCUGUGCCCCAGCUCCUAUUACUGAGAUCAUCUUCUAUACCCUGAGCUCCCUCAUUAUCAUCCUCACUCUUCUGUACAUCCUUGGAUCCUAUACCCUUCUACUGAUAGCUGUGUUAAAAGUCCCUUCAGCAGCUAGCCGGACGAAGGCCUUUUCCACCUGUGGAUCACAUCUGACAGUGGUGUGUUUAUUCUUUGGAGCCCUCUUAGCAAUGUAUGCAAGCCCCACAUCUGAUAACCCAGCUGCAUUUCAGAAGAUUAUGACUUUGUUCUAUUCUGUGGUGACUCCCUUCUUAAACCCCUUGGUUUACAGCUUACGAAACAAGGACAUGAAGGCUGCAUUGAAGAAACUUUUGAGGAUAGAAUGA